UCGCUGACAACGAUAGACGAACACACUUUUGCUUCACUUCGCCAUCUAACUACUUUGGAUUUGGCUUACAAUAAUUUGAAAAAGAUUGGAAAGAAAACUUUCCUUCACCAAGACAAGCUAUUUUGGCUGGAUUUGUCUAACAAUCGACUUACGUCCUUCGAAGAAGGAACUUUCGAUACGAAAAUCGCCAAUAUCCUCUUGGAUGGGAACGAUUUGGUAUGUGACGACUCGUUUGACUGGUUUGUGCGGUAUUUAGUCACCAACCGAGUGCGGACGUUUUUGCCAUUCCAGCCUGAGAUUACUUGUGCUGGGCCGGAAAAGUACGCUGGCGUGAGACUCAAAGAUCUAAUGAUGAAGAAGGCCAACGACACGUUGAAUGAAGGAAUGAGAACUCUUGGAAUAGGCGAUCAAAGCCAGAGAUCCUUGAUUUCUUCGCUGAUCCCAGGUUUGCGACCUUCUCAAACUGCUAUGGAUAGUGCAGCUCUCGAAAAAGCGGCUGCAGGGCUUCCAAUUCUAUCCACUCUGACUCAGGCAAUACCACCAAUGCGAAAUAUGCCAGCCUUAGAAGCAGGUGGAACGGCUGCGAGGCACGCUGUGAAUCCUCAGCUGAAUAGAGCCCUCGAACAGGUAAAAAUGCAUAAGUAUAAACACUGGCAAAAAGAACAUAUGCUUAACUAUCGUGGUGAUCUAAUCACAUACUGA